GUUUCUCUGAAGUGUGAGUUUAACUGGACAUGCUGUAUUUUUGUUGGCAAAAUCUGGCAACCGCUCCCUGGUUCCCUUGUGCACUCAUUCAGGUCAAGACAGCCGGGGCUGUGGACAAGAAUUGUGCUUUUGGGGAGCUAAGGUUACUACUGGUGUAUAUGGAAAGCAGUACUUGUGUGUAAACUCAGCACUCUAGGAGGCUGAGGCAGGAGGAUCACAAGUUUGAAUAUGGCCUGGGCAAUUUGAAAUAUAGCCAGAUUCUAUCUCAAAAUAAAAUAAAAGAAGGUCUGGGCAUGUAGCUCAUUGUGAAGGGCCAGAGUUCAGUCUUCAGUACACCACCACCCCACCACUACCACCACAGUAGGAGGAGUAGAUACUGUCAGUGUUUGGUGGACAGGAGAUGUUAAUAGAUGGUCGAGGAGCCUCACCCAGUUCCCACUGAGAAUCCUGGACUGUUAUAGAUAGUGUCUAGACCCCCCCCCCCCAAAGCCUCAAGGGGUUGCAGAUGGGGACAGAAAGAGUUGCUAAGGUCCCGUGUUACUUUUACUGUCUUCUGUCCACCAUGAGCUGUUUCUCCUCUUCUACGAUUGCCCUCUGCUAUGCCACUGUGUCUUGGAGCCAGCCAAUUACGGGCUGAAACCUCUACAAACUGUGAGCUGAAUAAACCUUUUCUCCUUAUCUUUGGGCAACAUGUAUUUUGUCUCAGCAGUGAGAAAAAUUGCUAAUACAGAAACAGACAUCAAGUACCCCCAAAUCUGAGACAGACUUCAAGUUGCUGGAUAUUCAGGCCAGAGAUUUUCCUGGGGGCCCAUUGUUCCUUUUCGAAACUGUCCUCUGGAGUAGCAGCAGGAAUCACCUCCUUUUUUAUGUUACUUGCUUCACAUGACAGUGGGACAAAGAGGCAGCUUUGUUUUUAGAAGAUGUUCCAUGGAAAACAAUUCUAAAGCCAGUGGCAAGAAUGCUUUUCUUUCUGUGUGGCUGAGGCAGCAGUGCCAGCUUGACAGGACUUUAGCUCAUUUGUGGGACUUUUACUCAGAUCUCGGGGUGUUUAGGCUGCCUCUAUGUGCAUGCACAUACACUUUCAUUUUCCCACUGCUGACACUGCUAUGGAAGGUGGCUUUGAUGAGUUCAGCAUUGAGCUUUCCUGCCUGCAGUUUGUGUCUGGGGGACCACUCUUGUCUUUUGGGAGGGUCCCAGUCUCUGUCUGUGCAAGAGUCUCUGUGGUACAUUUCAUGAACCUCCAGCUCUGUCCCCCCUUGACUGUGGUACGUAACAGUGCAGAUUACCACAUGCUGAUGCCAUUUUGUAUGAUUGCAAGUGUGUUUUUGAGAGAGGGUUCAGGAAGUCAGAUAUGUGGGACAGAGGGCAAAUAGGUAUGAGACUUUCCAGAUUUUGCCAAAUCCCCUCCUGAAGAGGUUAUAUCAUGUUGUCCUCUUAGCAUCACAUGGUGAAGAGCAGCAUGGGGGCCUCGGGAUGAACCCCAGCAUGUUGGUGUUUUUGAAAGUCUAAGCUACACGCUAAGUGCGUUUGUCCCAGGACUUGCCUAGACUCGCAUUCUGUCCCUUGGAUCUGCCAAAGCUCUUGCUUUUUGCUUUCUGAAUUUUGUUCCUUUAUCCUGUGGACAAGAAUUCCCUGACUUGUUUAGAUCCUACAGUUGUCUUCUCUUCAUAGUACUUCAAUUUUAGUUUUGCAUUUAUUGAUUUGAAUAAUUUGAAUAUCUCUAUUCCUCAUUCACUGGAAGCUCCAUGAAGGCAGAGAUUUUCUGCUUUUAUUUGAGUUCAAGCUGCUAUAAAAAGUAACUAAAGACUAUGUGGCCUUAACAUGGAUUUACUUCUCACAGAUUUGGGGCUAGAAAGCUGAGGUAUUGGCACGUGUGAUGUCUGUUAAGAGCCCACUUCCUAGUUUUCACAGGGCUCAUGUGGAGGAAAACAGGAGGGACCUCUUUUUCUAAGGGCACUAAUCCCACUUACGAAGCUUCCACCCUUACGACCGAAGUGUCUCCCAAAGGCCUUACCUCCUGAUGCCAUCAGGAGGCAUCAGAUGGGAGUUAGGAUUUUAACAUAUGAAUGGAGUUGCACAAGCAUUCAGUCAAUAAAUUUUGUAUUCCUAAUACCUAUCUAUUGUGGUACCUGUUGGAGGCAUUCAGUGUAUAGCUGUUGAAUAAUUGAAACAUUGCAUCAGGAGCUCAGAAGAGUCUGGAUUUCAUAAAAUAUUAAAGCUAUUGGAAGUGAGCAACUUUUCUCAAAGAGCAUAAGAGAAAGUUGUUAUAUUCUGUCAAGAAAUCAUGUCUAAGAUUAUUGCUGUUUGCCUUAUAGCUGCAGAAGACAAGGAUGUUAACUGGGAAAGCACAGGAGCUCACUCACUUGCCACCAUGGAUAGGCAGCUGUGUCAGCCCAGUGACUGAAACACUCCUUAAGAACGUAGAGAAGCUAGUAUCCUAGAGGGAGAAGAGACAGGGGCAUGUGUGUGUGUAUGCACGCGCGUGCGCGCGCAUGCACACACACACACACACACACACACACACACACACAUACACACGCGCGCACACUCACUCAACUCUCAGCCAACAGGACCUGGGCUGUGUGUAGUGUUCAAAGGAGACACUGCUCCUGAGGUGCCUGGAGAAACUCAAGGUCUGUGUGUUGCAGGUGAGGAGAACUUUCUGAGAGUGAGGAAGGGCUAAUCAAGGUGUGUUGGCUUAGGGCGAGGCUCGAUUUAUUCCUCAGGAUGGGAGUGCUGGUUGCCGUGGGGACAGGGAAGGUGGCUGCUGGGAAACUGAAAAGGAACCACAGGCCAGAUCCUGAGCAGCCACACCGGUUAUCUACAGCAGCUACAUUUUAUUCUUCAGCCUUGGAAAUGUGUGGAUUUUUAAAAAGAGGUAGACUGCAGAGAUGGUUUGUAAACAUGGCCUCCAUGGCUUAGGAGGAAGAUCUCAGUAGAUUCAUUAACCCAGGGCCAUGGAAUCAAGUUGCAUCCAGACCCUGUCUGCUUCAUCGGCCAGCUGUGUGUCCUAGUCUGUUUCUGCAGAAAUCAGGCCCUUUGCCUGGAUUUCUUGCAGGUUCUGUUUCUUCAGGUGUGCUGGAAGGGUGACAAGACAGUCAUAUUGCAGUCAUUUAGUGCUCCUUUCUCUCUUGGACUGGACCUGACUAUGCUUUUGGAUUUUGAAACUACAGGAGUUGUAAUCACUUCCAAGAGGCCCUUCUGGAAACUGAAGUUUCCUGGACCAGCUUUCUUGUGCCGUGACUGGUGAUGCUUUGUUGGCCUUGGCAGACAUUACUCUUGUUGUACCUUAAUUGAAAACUUCCUGAACUAAUGUGAAAUGGUUAUUUUUUUAAAAGGAUUUUAUUUAAGAGUUAAAAAUGGAAUCAGCCUAUCUUCAAAAGCAUCUUGGGACUUGUCUAAUUCAGGGUCUUGCAGAAGUGGCAAGAGUUCACCCUGUGGAUCCAAUAGAGUAUUUAGCUUUGUGGAUUUAUAAGUAUAAGGAAAAUGUGACAAUGGAACAGCUGAGACAGAAGGAAAUGGCCCAGCUGGAGCAUGAACGAGCAGUAGCACUGGCAGAGCAGGAAUUGCUGGAGAGGCUCAGAGCUGAGGAGCUCUUGUUUCAGCAGGAGCAGCUGGCAUUGCAACUGGAGCUGGAAAUGCAAGAAAGAGAGAGACAGAGAAUAGAAGAGCUGGGGAGAGCUCAGGAACAAUUAGACCAGGAGAUGAGAAUGAAUAUGGAAAAUAUAGCCAAGAGUGAAGAUGCUUUACAUCAAGAGGAAGGAGCGCAAGAGGCAGGCAAAACAAUAGCAGAAAUCAGUGACCGGUUUGGGGCACCGAACCUGAGCAGAGUGGAAGAAGUGGAUGAGCCCAUGUUACCUGAUGUUACAUUAAGCAUUGAUCAAGAUUUGUAGGAUCAACCAAAGCAAGAUCAAUAAAUUUCUCUGCUUGUUUCAAGUUUCA